UCAGACUCUGAACUGCCUGCAGAUACUGCAGUAUGAAGGAGCAUCGAUACUGUACUGGAAGUUCAACUUUGCAGCUAACUGGACAUGAACUCUACUCUAAAGUUCGGCAGAUUCCCAGAACAAGUGGUAUCUGUCCUAAAUCUCGUAUUCUUCACCUGGAUAUUCCCAAAAUCCAUAUUGAUGUGGAUGAGAAGGCAGUAUUUGCUGAAAAUGUGGUUGCUACAGUUUUUGACAAAGCAGAAAGACAGCUUAGUAACACAAGUUUGACAGCUGAUAGUGGAAUUAGCCAGGAUGGAGUCAGCUUUGCUGAAAGCCUUACUACAGAAAUCAUGACUUCCUGUAUGACAAACAUUGGUCCAGCUGUCAGUAUAAGCUCUAUGGGGAAAGAAGGGUUUAAUUCUGCUGAAUCCAUAGUCAGCCAGCAGAUGAGUCUGAGCACUGGUGAUGACAGCACUGGCAGCUGGUCCAAUCUGAGUUUUGAAGAUGAGCAUCCUGAUGAGAAUAGCAGCUUUCUCCACCUCAGUGAUAGUAAUGGUAACAGCAGUAGCUGGAGCAGUCUGGGUUUAGAAGGAGAUAUGUAUGAGGAGAAUUUAUCCUUUCCAACAUCAGACAGUGAUGGAACAGAAGAUAAAGAGGAAGAGAUUAAGGAUACCAUUGAAGGGUUAGGAAAUGUAGGCAAGGCACUGGUAAUCAUAAAUGUUGACAUAGGACCAUGCAUGGUGGAUUCCCAGCUGAGAAUGACACUGCAGUGGCUGACAGCUUCAGAAGCAGACGUGGCUGAGCUACAUUUUCGUGAUGAUGCUCCAAAGGAGUUUGUUCAUCUUUCAAAGAAAUUGCAAGAGAAAGGCUGGAAAGUGGGAGACCUCUUUCAAGCAGUGCUAAAGUACUGUGAAGUUAUGGAGAAGGUUGCUGAUGGGGACAGAGCUCUGGGCAGCAAAACAUUUUUUGGAUGGCUUCAGGAACAUGUUUAAAUACCACAUGAGAAAAUGUACCUCCUUUGGAAGGAUGGAAAUGUGUAUCAUACACUUAAACUAGCAAAUGUACUGUUGUUUGCAUUGUGAGAAACUUUGGGGUGAAAAUAAUUGUAGCUGUACUGUAAGUGCUUUGUGAUGCUCUGUAUGCUUUUUAUCCAGUGUAUAUCUUCAUACUGAGCAUUGCCAUUCAGUCUGUAUGUGUGCACAUCUAGCUAUGCUGUGUUAAGCCUACUGCAGUGAUGAGAAGGAUGAAUUUGUCUAUCAUGAGUCUAAUAAGGCUCUCAGCUAAGCUAGGACAAAAAAAAGUUUUAUCUCCCUCCUACUUUUUUGCCCCCUUUUUCCAGUCCUUUUUCUCUUAACAAGCUCAAAGAGGUAUUAGUUGAACACAGAGUCCACUGAUAGUUUCCCACUGCCACUUUCUCUAGAGGGAAGCAAGAUUGGCACACAAAUGCCAUUACAUGUUGUAUCUCUGCUACCUCUAAGAAGUUUAAAGCAACUCGAGGUUUAGCUGAACAUGCAAACAGAAUAGGAUCAAAUGGGGUUGGUGAAGGAAGGUCGCUAUUGAAGUGUGGGUCUAAUCACUCUGGCCUAUGAAACAGUAAAUAUUUUUUCUUCAAAACUGAGAAAAUUGAUGGAAGACUGUAUUUCUUAUAAAUUAACUUCUCUUACCAGUUAUAGUUGAGAGCAUGCAUGCCAGAUGUAUGUUCUAAAGACUUCCAAUAUUUUGAAAUCUUUUUAAAGGAUCCUCUAGUAAGAGCUCUGUUUAAAUAAGAUACAGUUUUUCUCUUUGUAUGUGAAACAAGUAUGUGCAAAGAAAAACAUUGUUUUUUUAAGUGCCUCACAAUGAAAUAGGCCAGUUGCAUCAUAUGGACAAGAAUUAUUAGUCCACCAGUAGUUGGAGUUUGUACUUUAUAAGGUGGUGGCAUAUUUGAGUGUUGAUCUCCAAAUUACUGUCCCAGGACCAAUGCUGCAUCUUUAUAAAGUAAGUUACAUUUGGGACCUUUUUGUAUAAACAGUGGUUUGCAUUAAAGUAGGUUGGACACAGCAUGUAAGAAACAUUGUCAUUAGCACUGCAUAGCUGUUUUAAUAAACUCAUUUUGGAGGUAGAAUCAUAAGCCCUAUUCACAUGGUACUCAGUGUUGGACAUUUUUGUGCUGAAGCAGGACUAUACCUUUAGGCCUACCCUGAAUGUCAUGUCUCCUUCCUCCAGCAUCCAUCUGUCGAGUCUGCAAAAAAAUUCCACGUGCGAGCAGCUGCUUGCGUGUAAGGGCAAUGCAGCUGCUCAUGUGUGGCAUUUCUAUAUAGACAACCAUGUUCAACAUGCAAAUGUUGAAGGAAGGAGAUGCAACAUUGGGAGUGGGGCUAAAAAUGUGUUUCCCUACUCCUACUUCAACAUGGAAAUGCCCUACAUGCAAUCAAUGUGUGAAUAGGGCUAUAGUUUAAAAAGAAUGGGUUCCUCCAUAUUGCAAUUUGGGUUAAGAUGACCUAGUUUGUACAAUAGAAGAAUUGGAGGGAGCUGUUUCUGCUUGGCCCUCAGUCCACAUGUGUGCUUACAAGGUAGGCAACAACUACCUUGGGUCUUAUCCUUAUUGUUUGAAGGGCAGCGCUGCAGAACUUGUGUUGCAUUCCAGCAAACACUAAAGAGAUCUUACACAAUUUACUCCCAAUAAAAGUGCUGAUGCUACCUGGGAGCAAAAUGCUGCUGCUCCUAUGACUUUAGCAUCAUUCAGGUUACAGCAUAUAAAAUACAAAUGCACUUUCAAUUUUCAUUGAACAUUUCUACUCUCAAUAUUAUUUUAGUGUGCAGGAUGCAGUUUCUUCUGAUCACUUUUUUUCUUUAGUUUUGAGCCAUCUUUGUACAUUCCUGUUAAAGCUGGAGUUAUAUUUUAGCGUUUUAUUGUUAUGUUAUAAUUUUGUCUAUAAUUUCAUGCUAGACAUUUAUGGUUAGCUGGAAAUGCAGCUGAUUGGAAUAGUUGUACAAAGUUAGCCCAAUAGUUGCAAAGUUAGUUACUCAUAGCCUGAUUUAAUCCUGAGGAAAUUUACUUUAAAGGAAAUUCCACUGAAGUCUGUGGAUGUUACUUCCAAGUAAAUGUGUUUAGGAUUAUGGUAUUAUUUGGGCAUUGAUAAAGGUAAUUAUGGGUAUUUUUUUCAUCUUGAGCCCUCAAAUUGAAUAGCUCUCUUCCCCCCCCCUUUUAAGCACUCCUUGUGGCUGUGUACUGUGCAAUCAGUGUGGCUGCUUGAGGAGGAGUAAAUGGUUUCCAGCCCAACUAUAUGCUGUGAAGAUGGCUGGAACAUUAGUUCCUGUAUCCUUUUCUCCACGAGGAGCAUUCCACUCUUAGAGGAAGCCUACAGGUUUCUUUGAUGCCAAUUUAGUAUGGCAGGGAUCGUCUACCUUUAAUAGCUGAGGGAAGUAGAAAUUAAUUAGGUACACCUUCCCAUGGUAAAGACACACAGGGCUGGUAGCUUCACCUGUUGAAUUUUUUUUCUGUACCGUAGCUUGAAGACACAAUAGGUGUAUUGAGGAAGGAAAAAGCUAGAAGCAACACUAUACAACAGCUUGGAAAGGAAUGAUAAAAGCCCAUGCUGACUUCCUCACAGGACUCUGAACCCUUUUCCACUUAAGUAGCCCACAUCUCCAAAUUAGGAUGCCUAAUAGACAUGUGUCACUGUGUGCACACCUAUGUAGAACUGGGGAUUAAGGAACGUCAGGAACAUGACCCAUAUGAAGGGUAUCUUCACAGAGUCUGGUGUUGCUGAGACAGGUUUCAGAACUUGAGCUCUACACCACCUCCAAGCUUGGCUAAAGGGGAGGUGAAAGCUCUGGUUUUUGUCAAGUCUGAACAGCAAGUCCAGAAGCAAAAGGUUAAGCUUUGCAGCUACACCGCGCUUUGGUCAGCAUUAGGGUUGCUUUAUUAUGCUUUUCCUAUAUGGAGAGCACAGAAAUGUGGUGCUUACUUGUCUUCCUAGUACAUGUAGACACAGCAAAAUACAUGUGUGAAUCAUGGACACAUGUAAACUACACACACAUUUCACACUUCUUCCUACUCAUGGGAAUGAGUGCUUUCUGUUCAGGAAAUGCAUAACAUGCGGAGUGGCCCUUAUGCAUUUGUGACAGCUAUAAAGCAGUUUGAAUAAUUAUAGUUGUUUAUAUAUACCUGUAAUGAGUGAAGCCGACAUGAAGAUCCUUCACUGUGUAAUGAUAUUUGUUUUUAGAAAUUUCGUGAUACACUUAGUAAUGAGAUGUGAAUAUAAGUUUGCACUGAACUUGUCUUUGUUGAAGCAGUACGUUAAAAUAAAUUGUAUAUAAAUGAA